AGGGAGAGCCGGGGAGCUUUUCAUUGGCUGCUGCCCUCCCCUGUUGGAUGCGCAGCUUCCCUUAUCGGGGCAUCUGGAAUCGCCUAACCGAAUGGGACUAGGACACUGCCGGCUGGAGCUUUCAAGAAGGACCGGACACCUCCUCAAGCAGAUCGUCCACUCUGCGCCCAGGUUGUGACCGGCUGGCUUCAAGGGUUACCCGUGGAAACUUUCCGGCGGCAACUGGAUAUUAAGUGGUCGAAAGGGGGGCUAGGAGGAAGCGGUCCCAGGCUCACCAUGGGCUCGCCUCGUGCCUGUGGCUCCCUCGCUCUGAGGCCGGCGACGGGGCCUCUCGUCCCCCGGAACGUGAAAACGGACCCCGAGGGAACCAUGCACUGAAUUCGACUCCGCCGAGCCGGAGCCCCGCGCCGACAGGAUGGGCUAUUCCGACCCCACGACAAAUCGGGACCUGCUGGGCAACAGAAGUUUGUUCUUCAUAUUUAUCUGCGCGUUUGCGGUUGUCACUUUGCUGCAACAGAUCCUGUAUGGCAGGAACUACAUCAAGAGAGGGCUGCAGUUUAGCUGGCAGAGUGGAGAGGAUUUGGCAAAUUGGACCGGGCUCUUUAAUUUCACGGAGGACGGAGCAGAGAAGAGUGGCAGAGACGCGGCCACCAGGUACUUUGAAUUUUAUGAGGGGCCUUUUGAGUUCAACUCUACCAAGUGUCUGGAGCUGAGGCAUGAUAUUUUGGAGGUCAAAGUGCUUUCUAUGGUGAAGCAGUCGGAAUUAUUUGACCGGUGGAAGAGUCUCCAGAUGUGCAAGUGGGCGAUGAAUAUAUCGGAAGCCAAGCAAUUCAAGUCUACUCUGUCUCGGUGCUGCAAUGCCCCCUCCUUUCUGUUCACCACCCAGAAAAACACUCCUCUGGGGACAAAGCUCAAGUAUGAGGUGGACACCAGCGGCACCUACCACAUCAACCAGGAAAUCUUCCGCAUGUUUCCCAAGGACAUGCCAUACUACCGCUCCCAGUUCAAGAAGUGCGCGGUGGUAGGGAACGGAGGCAUCCUGAAGAACAGCCGAUGCGGGAAGGAGAUUGACAACGCAGACUUUGUGUUCCGUUGCAACUUGCCGCCUAUCUCGAAGAAAUACAUCAUGGGUGGGGUGAAGACAGAUGUCGUGACCGUCAAUCCCAGCAUCAUCACUGAGAGGUUCCACAGGCGGAAGUGGCGGAAGCCAUUCUAAGUGCUGCAGCUCUACGAGAAUGCGUCGGUGCUGCUGCCCGCCUUCUACAACACCCGCAACACCGACGUCUCCAUCCGCGUCAAGUAUGUGCUGGACGACUUCGAGUCCCAGCAGCCCGUCUACUACUUCCACCCCCAGUACCUGAUCAACGUGUCGCGUUAUUGGCUCAGCCAGGGGGUGCGGGCCAGGAGGGUCAGCACCGGCCUCAUCCUGGUGACCGGCCUUGAGCUCUGCGAGGAGGUGGCAUCUCUCGGCUUCUGGGCUUUCCCCAUGGACCUCGGGCUGUUUAUCACCCACCAUUACUAUGACAACGUGAAGCCCCGCCCCGGCUUCCACGCCAUGCCCUCGGAGAUCUUCAACUCUCACCUGCACAGCCGGGGCAUCGUCCGCGUGCACACGGGCACCUGCAGCUGCUGAUGUCGAUGCCCUUUCUGCCUCUUCCCUCGCCUUUCUCCUUUCCGCCGCAUAGGGGGUGGGAACAUCUCAAUGAGCUCAGUUGGGGAGGGGAGGGUUACGCUGCAGUCGGCUGGCGGUCAUCUCUCUGGAGCUUGCCCCGUCCCCAUCCGUAGGGGUUCGCUGGUGGGGCUCAACCUUCCCUUUCCCACCAAGGGCCCAGGGGGUGACUGGAUAGGCUGACUGCAGCUUGCCCCAAGACCGGAGCUGCAGGCAGGAUU